UAUGGAUAGUAGAAGACCAAAAAACUCAUCCAGAAAGACAUGCCGGAAGAAACUUUUCAUCUAACCACACCGUCGGCUUGGAGACUAGUGCAGCUGGGCCACAUGGUCGUGAAACUGUGCCCAACUGGACAGCGUCUCCAGGAUCAGAAAAUUUACCAGAACCGCUGGAGCCACCUGAAUCGGACAAACCAAUCACCCCAAAGCCACACAUAUAUCACCUCCCCCCACCCGAAGUUGGAGUGGCAAGAACACCAGAACCAGUGCGUGAGCCUGUCAAAAUCGGUGAAGAGUCAUGAAGCCUGGUGUGUACUCUGCGAUCGUUGCCCCUUUCCUUUUGUCCACACAUGGUGUAUGUCUUGUACUUCAUCUGAAAAACCAUCUUUUGAUAAAGUGAACCAAUUCCUGAUGCAUCUGUCCUAUUUCGACUAAUCUUCUCUUCCUCUGUUAUCCCUGAAUUCGAGCAGACAAACAUCCGAUAAAUGCCCGUCCACCGUGACGUUUUUGCAACCAUAUCAUGAUCUGGGAAAAAGAGGAGGACAGCUACCAUAUUCUAUUAUGAAAUUCUUUCCCCAUUGAGUCACUUCAGCACUGGUCACAUGUAUUUGAUUAACUGGCCAUGUUUUGUCUGUUUUCCUGUAAUUGGCUUGUGUUUACCAUCAUUCAGUAUGUUUCUGUCUCUCUCCCUCUCUCACGCUUUUCUUUUACCUCUGUGAACGAUACGUGUUUGGGCGAGUAAUUUCCGUUCCCCCCCCCCACAUGUUCCUGUCUUGUCCACGUACAGUGCUACAGAUUAGCAUGUUUCGCCGAUUACUUUAUCCCAAUGUGAUUACCAGAUUUCACUUUGUAUUUCGGACGUUUCCUCAAAAGCGAAAAUUUUGCUCUUUGUGUGACCGGGAACCCGCUUACUUGAGGAUGAGAAUUCUUUCAUGGCAGAAGUUUGACCUGUACAACUGCGUUUCUCUGACGAACAAAGCAGAUUAUCUAAUCCGCAUGUCUGGAAGAGAAAGUUCUGGACAACGCGAGCAUCCUUUGAAAUUUUGUCUGUUCCACUUUCAUGAUGGUAAAGUUAAUUCACUGACGUCAAAUAAAUGUCAUUUGCA